GGCGAGCAGCGAGGUGCAACCGCGGAGCAGGGUUUGGAAUAAGAAACACAGCACGGAUUCUUACUCCCCACCCCGAGGGUCGUCGCAGGCUCCUGGCAAACGCGGGGAGGUCGGCAGGAGACAGCAUCUCCACCGUGCGCCUCCUUCGAUGAGAAGGCGCCGUGGAGGAAGGAAGAGGGGCGAGAAGCAUCCGAAAGGAUGCCGAGUAGUGAUCACAGAGCUCCCAGGGGUGCGUUGAUGGUCAUAUAGGACGCGGGGGCCACGGCUGAUCGAGGCGGGCACACACUCGAAAGCUGCAGGUUCCGCGCUUGGUCUCUCCAGGCUGCAAGGAGGAGCCGCCUGGCCGCUGGGCACUUCUGCCUUCUCCCGCCACCCGCCCGGAUUGACAGCCGCCCAGCCCCGCAGCAGGCAGGCGGAGGGCUUGCCCCAUCCCUGGAGGUGGCGCCUUGGGACUACUGCCCAGCCAGGUCAGUAGUAGCCAGCUUUGCUGGGCUAAGCCUUCCUGCGAGAGAGCCGCUCUCCUCCUCCACACCCCUUGAAGAAGGGCGCGCUCGGGAGAAAAACACGCCCGCCGUGCCCUGCUUUCCGCGGCAGGCGGGCUGAAGAGGGCAGCAGGGCGGGAUGAAGUUGGGCACCAACUCGCCUCUUCCCUCAUCACUGCUUUCCCUUCUUCCUCCAUGCAACAGAGCGGCGCCCCUUUCUCCCCGGUGAGCCUUCCCUUCCCUUGGAGAGUUUUGCUAGCCGCGUAGAAGAAGAAGACGAAGAAAGCGGCCAAGGAUUCUUAAUCUUGACUGCUGCUGCUGCCGCCCCCCACCCCGUUUUCCCCACUGCUGUGACUUCCUGGUUAGUUUCCCCACCGGCUUCUUCUGGUUUUGUUGUUUUCUGAAGCGUCUGUAUGGAAACGGCCAGGGCACCACCGACGCCUGGACAGGGAACAAGUGUGGGAAAAGGCGGAGGACACCGGUGCUAAAUGACAGGAUGCAGGAGACUUGAGGAGAAACACACACAGAACAGAGACGCGCCUCUUGCUUCUUCCAACCGGACUCCGGCUCUUGCCGUGGCCGCUGCGGCCGCCCGUCGCCGCCGGGCUGCUGAACCGGCGUCCUCAUCCUAACCUGCCCUACAGCCUGCGGAUUUAAGAUCUGAGAGGAAUUGCUUGCUGAAGCGGAUAGCUCGUAUUCUUUCUUCAGUCUUGCUCGGCUGAGAAAGGAAGAUGGGCUGGGGACUCCUCCUGCAGUGGGUAGCCCUCACCGUCACCCUGGGCAGGGCUUUGAAGAGUGAUAAAUGUGGUGAAAAUAUAAGAAUUGUAGAGCCUGGGUAUCUCACCUCUCCUGGCUAUCCUAAUACUUAUCAUCCAAGCCAAAAAUGUGAAUGGCUGAUUCAAGCUCCUCAGCCGUACCAGAGGAUUAUGAUCAACUUCAACCCUCACUUUGAUUUGGAGGACAGAGAGUGCAAGUACGAUUAUGUUGAAGUGAUUGAUGGAGACAAUGCAAAUGGGCGAGUGUGGGGAAAGUAUUGCGGCAAAAUUGCUCCCUCUCCUGUGAUAUCUACAGGACCGUACCUCUUCAUCAAAUUUGUCUCUGAUUACGAAACUCACGGAGCAGGCUUUUCCAUUCGCUACGAAAUUUUCAAAAGAGGACCAGAAUGCUCUAGAAAUUUUACAUCUAUGAGUGGGGUAAUCAAAACACCAGGAUUCCCUGAAAAAUAUCCCAAUAGCCUUGAAUGCACUUAUAUUAUCUUUGCACCAAAGAUGUCCGAGAUUAUCCUGGAAUUUGAAAGCUUUGAACUGGAACCAGAUUCAAAUCCUCCAGGUGGAAUGUUCUGCCGCUAUGACCGAUUAGAAAUUUGGGGUGGAUUACCAGAAGUUGGUCCUCACAUCGGCCGAUACUGUGGGCAAAAUACACCAGGUCGCAUCCGCUCUUCAACCGGCAUUCUUUCCCUGGUUUUCUACACUGAUAGUGCAAUAGCAAAAGAAGGAUUUUCUGCAAACUACACUGUCUUGCAGAGCAGUGUAUCGGAAGAUUUCGAGUGUGCAGAACCACUUGGCAUGGAAUCUGGUGAAAUUCACUUCGACCAAAUCAGUGUCUCUUCCCAGUAUAGCACUAACUGGUCUUCUGAAAAGUCCCGGUUAAAUUACCCUGAAAAUGGGUGGACACCAGGAGAAGAUUCCAGCAGAGAAUGGAUACAGGUGGACUUAGGCCUCCUCCGCUUUGUUUCUUCCAUUGGGACCCAGGGAGCCAUCUCAAAAGAAACAAAGAAAAAGUACUUUGUGAAAACGUACCGUGUGGACACAAGCUCCAAUGGAGAAGACUGGAUUUCAGUUAAAGAUUCAAAUAAUAAACCUCUGGUGUUCAUAGGGAACAACAACCCCAACGAGAUUGCUUACAGACCUUUUCCCAGGCCAAUCCUGACGCGUUUUGUUCGAAUCAAACCUGCAACCUGGGAAAAUGGGAUAUCACUGAGAUUUGAAGUGUAUGGCUGUAAAAUUACAGACUAUCCUUGCUCAGGCAUGCUCGGAAUGGUUUCUGGGCUUAUCAGCGACUCUCAGAUUACAGCAUCGAAUGAACAGGAACGAAGCUGGAUCCCAGAAAACGUCCGUCUGGUAACGAGCCGUAUAGGGUGGGCACUAGCACCAACCGCUCACACCUAUUCAAAGGAAUGGCUCCAAAUAGACCUUGGAGAGGACAAGAUAGUGCGGGGCAUAAUUGUGCAGGGAGGCAAGCACAGAGAGAACAAGGUCUUCAUGAGGAAGUUCAAACUUGGAUACAGCUACAAUGGAUCCGACUGGAAAUGGAUUAUGGAUGCCAGCAGAAGGAAGCCCAAGAUCUUUGAAGGCAACACCAACUAUGACACCCCUGAGCUUCGUACUUUUGAGCCUACAACAACCAGGUUCAUCCGUGUUUACCCUGAAAGAGCCACCCAUAGUGGAUUGGGUCUGAGAAUGGAAUUACUGGGCUGUGAAAUUGAAGCACCUACACUGGUCCCGACCACCCCAGACAGCCAUCCAAUGGACGAGUGUGAUGAUGACCAAGCAAACUGCCACAGCGGAACAGGAAGCACCACAGCCGUGAUAACAGAAAAGCCGACAGCAAGCGACACUACAGCACAGCCAGCAUAUGGUUUCAACUGUGGGUUUGGAUACAGUUCUCAGAAGACUAUCUGCCGUUGGGAGCAUGACAGCCGAUUAGACCUGAGAUGGGCAGUGCUAACCAGCAAAACAGGACCCAUUCAAGACCACACAGGAGAUGGCAAUUUCAUUUACUCGCAAGCAGAUGAAAACCAGAAAGGCAAGGUUGCACAGCUCAUCAGCCCCAUCAUCAACCCGCACCACGCAGCACACUGCAUGACCUUCUGGUAUCAUAUGUCCGGCCCUCACGUUGGCACACUGCGAAUCAAACUGAGGUACCAGACACCUGAGGAAUACGAUCAGGCCGUGUGGAUGCUGAGUGGCAAUCAGGGAAACUACUGGAAAGAAGGGCGGGUCCUUCUCCACAAAUCUGCAAAGUAUUAUCAGGUGGUGGUGGAAGGAGAAAUAGGAAAAGGAACUGGAGGAAUUGCAGUUGAUGAUAUUGACAUUGACAACAACAUAGCACAGGAGGAAUGUCGAAAGUCGAGUGAUGCAGGGAACGAAAUAGACGAAGUGGAGCCAGAUAUUAAUCAAACAGGCUUCACUCCUGAUUAUCGUGAAAAUGGGGAGCCCUACAACAACAACAUCUCUAGGAAGCCAGGCAAUGUGCUGAAGACCCUCGACCCCAUCCUCAUCACCAUCAUAGCCAUGAGUGCGCUGGGGGUUCUUCUGGGGGCCAUCUGCGGAGUGAUUCUAUACUGUGCCUGUUGGCACAACAGCUUGUCAGACAGGAACUUAUCUGCACUGGAGAACUACAAUUUCGAACUUGUGGAUGGCGUGAAAUUGAAAAAAGAUAAACUGAACACACAGAAUACUUACUCAGAGGCAUGAAGGCGUAGGAGCAGCUGGAGAAGUUUGGGAGAACUGAGACGGACAGACAUGUGACUAGCUGAUGCUGGGGAACUGUGGAUCUUCUUUUACUGUACAGGCUGAAAACUGCGUUGAGGACGCUGAGCCAAGCUUUUCUCAGGAGCUUCAGUGAGUGUACCAGAUAUAGUAAAACAUGGACAACAAUCUGUGUUAAACAAUCUGAAUCAUGUACAGUCUACUUCUGUUUCUAUUUUAAUUUGAAAUAAUCAAAUGCUGGUGUUGAGACCAAGUAUGAUUGACUUAAGAGGGGGUGAUUCCUUUUAUUUUUAUUUUUAUUUUUUGGACUUUCUGCUUCCCUCCCUCCCUCCCUCCCUCCUCAUUUUUGUUUCUGGCCCCCACCCCACCCCCAACACUUUGAUGAGUAAGUUUUGUUUUUUACUGUGCAAAAAUCCAAGAUGCUGUCACAAAGUGUAUUUUGGUGGGGGUCUGUUGGAUGGACAUGCGGCCUGCAGCUCAGUGCCCAGAAGAAGAAAAACAUUGGAGUAACAGCAACUUUGUGGAUUCCUGAACCUGUAUUUGUGUAUAAUUGCUUGUGUUGUGCAUAGGCAAGGAGGGUUAGGGUGUUUUCAAAAGUACUGUAGCAUCAGUACUGGUAUAGUGUGUCAGCUCUGUUUACCAAGCAAUACAGUCAGACUUUUAUUGGUGUUUCUCAGUGUUGUACUAAACUUUGUGCUUGUGAAUUCCAUACAAAAAAUGCGUGCCAUCAUCCCGAAACAACCGGCAAACCGAGUGUACUGCCUAUAAUUGUAACAAAAACAAAGCAGAAGUCCUUGGCACUGGCUAGUGUGUGUGUUCUCUCAAGUGCCUUUUUGUUUGUACUGCUUUUCAUUUGCGUUCAUAUCAUCAACUCCAGCUUUGUCUCUCUCCAGUUAAAAAUCCUUGUCUUUAUUACUUACCCCGAGGACUCACUGACUAACAAGAAAGUAUAUUUUAGUGUAAGUAAACCUUGGGGAGGCAAGGGCUAAGGGGAUUGGACAACUUGGUGGUUUGACUCUUCCACUUCCUGUACUUCAGUUCCGUGUCUCUGGACCAUUUUUGUACAAAGCUGCAAUAUCCCCCCCCCCUUUCCUCCUCCUUUUAUUGUUCUUUCAUAUAGAAUGUAUUUUCAAAUAUAAGCACUCUCUUUCUCUUUUGCUCUUUCUCUUUGUCUCUGAGUAGAUUGUUGCAUAAGCAUUUGCCAUUGUCAAGGAAAGGAAAAUGCAGCUUUAAUUUGCUGGUAAUGGCAAAAAGGAUUUUAUUCGACUUUGUGUUCUUCUCUCUCUCUCUCUCUCUCUCUCUCUCUCUCUUUUUUUUAAGUAAGGGAAAUUUCUUUAUUUUUCCCUCCAAAGUUGAACUUUGGGUUUCUUGUUAACAGCAUAAAGUAACAGUAUCUCUUUUUCUUUAGCACGUUAUGGAAUAAGGCUGCAGUCCUAAACACAUUUAGCAGGGAGUAAAUCCCACUGAACAUAAUUCAGUGGGAAUUAUGUCUGAAUAAUUAUGUUUAGGACUGCAAUAUAAGCCUUUCAAUUCUAUACAAGGCAUUCCUAUUAAUAGACAGCAGAGGAACUUUUGUUCUUUCCGUCUACCAGCCCUGCUACCCAAUCUAAGAGUGAUCCUCUCUGUGUAGCUCUCAUUCAGGUUACUUAGGGUUACACUGAUGCUGCUACAAAAAUAUAGAUGGUGCUGUAUUGUCUUAGCCAACAACUGAUUUGCUCAAUAAAAAUGAAUGAUAUGACUCGUAAAUUAGAAUAACAUUGGUAGAAUGAAUAUCCAUAAUAUUCUCCAGGCAAGAAAGUACCAGGCCAGAUUCUACCACAUGGGAAUUUUGUUCCAGAUGGUUCUUUUACUGGUUAAAAUAGAGCACAGUCUAUACAACAGUCUCUUUAUUUCCCCUUUAUUUUCCGCUCUAGAAGCAGCUAUUUUAAUAUUGGAAAAGUAUGCCCACACAAAGUAACUGGCAAUAGAUGCAAUAUAUUUAGGAAUUCACUUAUUGCCUGGAAGACUCCUAUAGAAGCCAAGUGACAAUGGGUGAAGUCACUGCAUGGUGGUUUUGCCACAUCAGUUUUGUGUGUUGAAUAUUUUUUUCAAAUGCACCCUCACUUAGUGAGAGCUGGUAUUUACUGUAACAGAGCAAACUCUUGAAAACCAGUGUUUGCUCCUGCUGUGGUCUAUAUGAGUUAUUACCAAAGAAGGUUGCAUUGAAAUCAGAUAUUCUCCAUGAGAAAAAUCACCUCAACAAAAAGUAGUACGUGAAUCAGGACUUAGUUAUCCAAACUGCACUGUAAUUGGAAUACCCUGUUUGUUCAUUAGCCCAAAGAGAAGAGCAAGCUCACUGUUGACUGCAUUGGUUUCAAAUAAAAUUUAAUUGUAUCAUGUAAUUGCUCACUUCGGCAGCACAUAUACCAAAAUUGGAAUGAUACAAAGAAGAUUGGCAUGGCCACUGCGCAAAGAUGACAUGCAAAUUCAUGAAGUGAUCCAUUUUUUUAGGGGAGCAACAGCAGGAGAGAGGGCAUGCCGUCACCUCUUGCCUGUGGGCGCCCCAAGAGGCAUCUGAUGGGCCACUGUGUAAAACAGGAUGCUGGACUAGAUAGGCCUCAGGCCUGAUCCAGCAUUGCUGUUCUUAUGUUCUUUUUGUUCUUAUGUAAUUACCCUUUUUUGUAAGGAGUUAUGGACAUCUUAAUCUUAAGACACAUGUCUUGAAUGCAUGCAGACAUCAUUCAUGAAGGGUGAAUUUCAUUGCAAAGACAUACAUUUGGCAGGGCUUGAAAAGCAGUUGGCCCAAUGCAUAUCUUGGCACCAAAACAGGACUAGUUCACACAUUGAGCAUAUGAAGUUGUCUUCAUAUCUUUGAUCCAAGUAGCCUAGUAAUUUCUAAUCUGAGUAGUGGCACCUCUCCAAGAUCCUAGACAGAGGAAUUCCCCAACUUAUUUGCCAGAGAUCCCUUUUUAAGGGACUUCUGCCACUGAGAUAUGACCCUUCCCCACCACUUUACUGCAUCACUUAAUACUCCAGCUCUUGAUUGCUAUCUGCCAAACGUAUGAUCUGUCUGCACUGAAGAGGAUUGUCCUAUUGUGCAACAUCAUUUAAAAGAUAUUUGUAUGAUGUUGCACAAUGUGCUUGGUGAUAUGAAAGGCUUAUCAGUUGUGAUUCAUCCAUGCAUGUAACUGCUUGAUGCUACUAAGGUCCAUGUAUGAUGAACAUGCCUGUGUGAACCACCACACAGAAUACAACCUUUGCUACUAUUUGGCCUCUAUUUAAUGCAAAAAGUGUGCUUGGCAUCAUACAGAACCCAGAAGUGGCAUGUUUGCUGUUCACUAAGGCCUUUUAAAUGCUGUUGCACAUGUGAUGAAAGUAGCAUUCCAAGCAGCCCUCAGAUAGCAAUAUGGAACGUGCUUGCAUGAAUAGGCUGUGCAUUAACAUGCACACACACAAAAAAAAUUGGGGGGGGGGGCGGGAAUCCCAUUCCCGAAAGCCCAGCUAAACUCAUUCAAACAUUUCAAUUUGUUGUAAUGGAUGCAGGCUUAACUAUUUGUAUUGUCCUAGCUGGAACAGAAAAGCAUUUGGCUGUAAUCACUAGAUUUCGCUGCUGUGUAUCCUCCAUUCAUUUCAAUGCGCACGCGCCAGCCCCACAAAAACAAAUGCAAUUGUACAAGAGCACAGCUUGGCACAUUGAGCACUUCUUCUCCAUAUAAUCUGUCCGAAAACUUGCUGUGCCAACCAGUAGUCUAUGGUGAAGUGCAUUGGCUGUUGCACCAUUUGAACAUCCCAGAAUUGUGACAUUGUAGGAAUGUUACCCCAGCUUUGCAGGAACAUGCACCAGCAAAGAUAUUCAAAAUUGGCAAGGCAGAGUGCAAAUCGUAUGAACAGAAUAAGAGAACCCAUGUUGUUGCAGCCAUUUAAUGCUAGAGCAGAAAAUGGGAUCUGCGUUCUUCAAGUAGAGAUUGAACAGAAACUGCCCUUCAACAAAGGAAAAAUGAUACUGCAACUUUAAAUGGGAAAAAGUAUCUUGCACUGAUAAAUAUAUUUAAAAAUUAUAUGUUUAUAAAGUUAUUAAUUUGUAAAGGCAGUGUUACAAAAUGUUCAGUUGAUAUUGUUUUAGAUUGUUUCAUAAUUUUGAAAGUGUAAAAUAACAUAUUUUUUUCUUUAUCAAAAAACUAUAAAAAAUCUUCUGUAGUAAAAUGAUUUCAUUUUACUGGUAUAUUAUUGCUUCAUGUUUUUGUACCAUCAUAAAAUUUUGUGCAGAUUUUUUUACAGAAAUUUUUUAUUUUCUAUGACAAUAUGACACUUUUAAAUUGUUAUUUCAAAAUGAACAGCAAAGCCUUAACUUUAAAUGAUGUUUGUAUUCUCGGACACUGAGUAGCAUUUUAAAAAAAACCACAUAGGAUUGAAUUGUAAUUUAAAGUUUCCAAACAAUGACUACUACAUUCCAAAGAAACAGUUGAAUUAAACAUUUUCAUAAAAUA